UACAAUCUUAACGAAAAGCAAGAUCGCAAACAUGCGAAAAUUCGAUUUAAAGAUCGCGAGGACGAUCCAGAAGAAUUUUGGAGAAGGAAAAUUGUCAGAGGUCGAUUCCAAGAUCAAAGGAAAUGAGCAAGAUUCGAUUGAAGCGACUAAAACUCUCGCUGGAGCUCGACAGGAAGAAAUGAGAAAGGUUAAGAACGAAUUAAAGGAGAUGCUUCCGAUAUUAAAACCUUCAGAAGUGAAAAGAUUUCAUUUACCAUCUCACGAAGCUAUUAUUCACGAACUUGAGGAAAAUGAUUACGAGGUAUCGGUGAGAUAUUUGAAAGAAUUGUUUGAGCUCGAUGAAGAAACUCGGAAAGAAGCUGGUCCUGGUACAUUAACGUGGAAAAAACCGCGUUUAAAGGACAAUAAAGACGCGAUGAAGCGUCUCAAAGAAGGCUUGAUCGCCUUCGAACAAGCCAAAAACGCUGGAGAUUCACUUUCCAUAAUCGUGGAAUUUCUGGAUAUGGCAUUAUUCUUUCAAGCAAUGACAUGGGAGUGGUGGUGGGUGGCGGAACGACUUUACCGUAGCGCUCUAGUAAAUGCGGAAUUAAUCAAAAACAAUGAACAACAAAUGAUAACAUCGGUACACUAUCUAUACGGUCGAUUUUUGUUCGAGCAAAUACAAAAUACGACGGAAUCAUUAUAUCAUUUAAAAGUCGCCCGUGAAGCAUCUGAAGGAAAACAUUGGAAUGCGUCGAAAGUAACCGGUCGAAAAGAGCAAACUAUUUUUCGAGAAUGCAAUGUGCUUUUGUACAAAGCGCUGCUGAUGCAUGCGCAACAAAUUGAUCCUAAUCAACUGGAUAUUAUCAUAAAAGUGUACACAGAAGCUCUAGCACGAGCAACGGAUUCUGAACACUAUGAAUAUAUGGCAAACGCUCUGUACGAGCUAGGUAAAAAUCAAUUACGAUCCGGCGAUAUGAAACUCGCCUUCCAGAAUUUCUCCAAAUUUUUAGCGAUGGCCAGGAAGAUCUCGGAUCCAGAAGGAAUCUGUAACGCACAUAUGGCGCUGGCACUUGCAUAUAAGUUAUACAAUUCACAUCUACAGGAAUUGAACGAUGAGGUAAACACGGAAAAGCAUCUCAAUCUAUUCAGGAAAAAUGCGGAAGAGUUCAAAUUGUUGAAAAAACUCGCGCAGGCACAUUACUGCAUUGGCGAACAUUUUCUGAGUAAGAGAAGACCAGAUAUUGCAACUUCUCAUUUGAAAAAGUCUUUUAAUUUGUAUAAUGACCUCGGUUUGUAUGAUGAUGCUAAUAAGGCGCGAAUCAUCGCUGGAGUUUCGAAAGGACAAGGAAUUAUCGAUCAAUACAUCGAUCUUAUGCUUCAGUGUGGAGUAGACUCGAGAGCAAUAUCGACGCUUUGUCAAUGGAAAAAUCGUAGAAGCGUUUUUUGGACUGAGAAAACGCUACACACCGAGGAUUCGGAGAAAUCUUUUACUUUCGAGAACGAGGCAAUAUCAUCAUCGCUACCUACCCUUACAAAUACUGCGCUUGUCGGGAAAAUGUGACAGAUUCGAUUUGAUAAUUAUCAAAAAAUUAUAUAUAGAUAUUUAUAAUAAAAAUAUAUCCCAUUUUGUAAAUUUUCGUAGUAAAUACGGUAUCUCAGCAAACACAUCAUAGAAAAUUCUAAUUUUUGUAAUAUGUUGACAUCUUUUAUGAAUGC